ACUUUUUCAUUAAUGGUUGUGAAGAAAGUACCCUUUGUUAUUUGAUCGAAAUCCGAGCAGAAUCGUCAUUUCUACUUAGCGGGGCCUACCUGGCUAGCUAAAUAAUAUCUUUCACCAACUAACAAGGGUUAGGUAACGUUAGCUACAACUAACUAGCUAAUCCAAGGGGAAUUUCAACGGUCUCGAGUCUCCAGACAGAACGUACCAGAAAGCAAACUAUCCUAACUAGUAUUAGUUAACUAUGCCAUUUGUUCCUUCGUAUUGGCAAUUAACGUUACUUUACAUUGACAAAAUUGGUUCGAGGUUCUACUAGUUUAUCUAGCUAACGUUUAAUUGACAAUCUGCAAACCACCCUGAACUGUGCUGUUCUAUGUGUAUCCUUUGUCACUGCAUUUGUGCCACUCAUGUUAGGUUGCCUAUGGAUUAUCCUAGGAAGCAAAAAGUGGCCACCACAUCUGACUAGAGGAUAAAACCAUGCUGAGGCCAGACGGAAUGACCCAUUUCUCAGUCACGAUGAGAAUGCCAUCAUAGUAGCUACUUGCCACACAAGUGUCAAUAACUGAACUGUGUAUAUGUAUAUUGGUCUGCUCAUUACAUUUUUCAAAUGAACGGAUGUGGCCUUUUUUUUUGCCUACUUAGCGUUGAGAUCAAUGAUCUUUGUGCACGCUAGUUAGCGACUUAGCAUUUAAGUUUGGUUUUCAAAAGAAACGAAGUGUGCACUUGAUGUGGUUGCAGGAUAUCACGCUGUUAGUUUACAUGGAUGGGCCUAAUGGAAGAAAGUGGAUGUGAACAGUUUACCCAAACAAAAUGACACAAUUACUGUUGACUAACCCCAUUCAGUACAAAUUUGCGCAACCGCGGCAUUCAAACGAGACUGCAAUGAAAACUAAUAGGACUGUUGGCAUCAAAAUCUAGGUUGUGAACUACGUUUCUAUUGACAUGGUAAUGGCCCGAUAGUAUUGGAGAAAAGUUUAAAAAACUGCCCCCUCUGACGCUGUUAAAUUGUGAGGUACGUAUGCAAGCAUUAUGCAACUCAUUCUGUGUAGUACAGCCUCUCUCCACCAGGUGUAGCGCUUCUCUCGCAGUUUAAAAACAAGAAAGGGACAGGGUAAGGCGGAUACUUAGUCAAUCGUACAACUGAAUGCAUUCAUUUUUUUGCAUCAUCGCUGCAAGCCACCAUGACUCUCAAAAGCCGCGACAGCCGCUGUUUACUUCUGAAGAUAACUUUAGUGCCGCCCUAAAAACCCGACUCUUAACUCGACAAACUUCAAAUAGGGAGGCUGAGGGCUUCAAAGAUCAAGGAAAUGCUUUCUACGUCAAGAAGGAUUAUUCUGAGGCAUUUAACUACUACACCAAGGCCAUUGAUGCAUGUCCUAAAAACGCCAGUUACUAUGGAAACCGGGCGGCCACUCUCAUGAUGCUGUGCCGCUUCCGAGAGGCCCUGGUGGACUCCCAACGGGCUGUGCGGCUGGACGAAUGUUUCAUGAAGGGCCAUCUGCGAGAGGGCAAGUGUCACUUGUCUCUGGGCAACGCCAUGGCAGCCAGCCGCUGCUUUCAGAAGGUCCUGGAACUGGAGCCCAGCAACAGCCAGGCGCAGCAGGAGCACAAAAAUGCCACAGCAGUACUGGAGUACGAACGAAUGGCAGAACUUGACUUCGAAAAGAGGGAUUUCAGAAAGGUGGUGUAUUCUAUGGACAAGGCCCUGGGAUUGGCGUCCACCUGUCAUCGCUUCAAAAUCCUCAAGGCUGAGUGUUUGGCCCUACUGGGUCGCUACCUAGAAGCCCAGUCUGUGGCCAGCGAUAUAUUGAGGAUGGACUCGACUAACGGAGACGCUCUGUAUGUGCGAGGCCUGUGUCUGUACUACGAGGACUGCAUCGACAAAGCUGUGCAGUUCUUCGUGCAAGCACUGCGCAUGGCCCCAGACCACGAGAAGUCUCGGCUAGCUUGCAGAAAUGCCAAAGCUUUGAAAGCCAAGAAGGAGGAGGGAAACAAAGUGUUCAAGAACAGCAACUUUGAGGCAGCCUACCGGCUCUACUCUGAGGCCCUGGCGAUAGACCCCAACAACAUCAAAACCAACGCCAAGCUCUACUGCAACAGAGGCACCGUCGGGGCUAAGAAUCUGUUAAACUAUAGUUGGAGCAGCCUUAAGGGCAGUACGAAGCAGGAAGCAGCAGUAUCCAGUGUAAAAUUGUGUCCAGUUUAUUCACUGAAUAAACCUGAUCAAGCAAUCGAAGAUUGCACAAGUGCAAUAAAGUUGGACGACACAUAUAUCAAGGCCUAUUUGAGACGAGCCCAGUGUUAUAUGGACAUCGAACAGUAUGAAGAAGCUGUACGGGACUAUGAAAAGGUCUACCAGACAGAGAAGACUAAAGAACACAAGCAUCUCUUGAAGACGGCUCAGUUGGAACUGAAGAAGAGCAAGCGGAAAGAUUACUACAAGGUUCUGGGGGUGGGAAAGAAUGCCACAGAAGAUGAGAUUAAGAAGGCCUAUCGGAAACGGGCCCUCAUGCACCACCCAGAUCGUCACAGUGCGGCCACGCCAGAGGUACAGAAGGAGGAGGAAAAGAAGUUUAAAGAGAUGGGCGAGGCCUUCACUGUGCUCUCUGACCCCAAGAAGAAGACUCGCUAUGACUGCGGCCAUGACCUGGAGGAGGACAGCAAUAAUAUGGGAGAUUUCAAUGCCAACAACAUCUUCAAGACCUUCUUUGGAGGCCCAGCAGGAGGAUUCAGUUUUGAAUCCAAUCACAACCAAGCACCUGGAAAUGUAUUUUUCCAGUUUGGCUAGAAAUGAAGAAUGCCAUUGGGAAUGCUGUAGCCCUGUGGUGGACAAUAUUAAGUCGGACGCACCCUCACAACCUGAUUUUUAUGCUCCCAAUGUUUUUUGCAAAAUGUUUUUUUUCACAUGCUAAAAAGACACUCAGUGUUGAUAUCUGAGCAAGAGAGAUGGUGCUCAUCAUGCUUGGCAUCUUCCUAAAAUCUUUUUGGCUGUUACCACCACAUUUGACAAUAUCCUCUUCAAAUUCAAACUGACAAGGGCGACUUUUGGUAGGUUUAGUAACUAAGAACGUAGCAAAUUAAAUAGGUUAAAGGUUUUUUGACAAGGGGGUUUUGGAAAAACUUGAAUCCUCAGGAAAUUGUCUUGAUUCUCUUUUGUGAGUAUUUGUCGCAAAGCAUGUUUUGAAGGCAUGAAAUAGGAGUACUGUUGCCAAAAUAUAAAUGUCAUUGCUUGAAUGGAAAAUGUUUGCUGCUGUACCUGGAGCAAGUAGAGCUUUGUAAAUGAACACAUGGGAGUGCAACUCCGUUGUUAAUUUUAGUAGGUCGCAUGAUUUUUUUCAUUCACACCACAUAGAGGUCGCCCGGAAACACAAAGUUAGCAUGGGAAUCAUUUGGCGUUAAAGCAGAAACUGACCUUAGGGCAGAGCCUAGGAACUACUUCAGUCCCAUGUAGAAUGAGGCCUGUUUUCAUUUGUUGGAUUUUCCUGCAGACUCAAACUACAGUUUCAUGUUAGUCUCCAUUUUGCUCAUUGAUGCAUUGUGCAUUUUACUGGCAUGUUUUAAGUCUUAUUUUGUGCUCCUAAUUUGAUUAGAGAUUUUGUUCAGUUCUCUUAAAUGUAUUUAUUUAUUGUAUAUUCAAACUGUAUCCAUCUCAAUGACAGUGUUGUUGAUAUUCCAUUUGAUUUCUAAUGUUUUCUAUUGAAUAGGAUGUAAAAAAAAACAUAUCCUUGACCCACGUAUGUAAAGUUUUGACCUCUUAAUAGAUCUAUUUUUCUCCAUGUGGUUUUCUAGCAUUGCUUUGACCCCAUAAUACGAUGCAUCCGGUUUCAACUCCCAAAGUAAACAUUUGAAACUUCAGCAGCUAGUCUUGUAGAUCAGUUUCUAACUCUGGUCCAGGCGAAGUACAUGUUCCUCUACAAACUAGUAGAGGAACUGUGUAGCAGAUGGACCAGAGCUAGUCAGUCCCUCACAUAAGUGGUGCCUUAGAUGUUGACUAGACUGGACACGCUUGCGUGCAAAUGUUAAUUUUAUCCAUCUUUUUCUUUAACCUUUAUUUAUUGAGGCAAGUCAGUUAAGGACAUUCUUAUUUACAAGUAUGGCCUAGGAACAGGCCAGGGGCAGAAUGACAGAUUUUUACCUUGUCAUCUCUGGGAUUUGAUCUAGCAACCUUUCGCUUAUUGGCCCAAAGCUCUAACCGCUAGGCUACCUGCAGACAUGAUCAGGACACGCAGGUUGAAAUAUCAAAACGAACUCUGAACUAACUAUAUUACUUUGGGGAGAGGUCGAAACACAUGAAAAAUGUAGCUAGCUACCUUGCUGUUGCUAGCUAAUUUGUCCUGGGAUAUAAACAUUAGGUCCUUUCUUUCUGGAUCUUUGUAGAAUUUUGGCCAUUUUGAGUCACACAAGUGUGUGUUCUCUUCUGUCAAUCCACAUAUAGAAGUGGAAACCUUGGUGGUUUCUAGUAAUCUCUCCUUUAGUUUUGUUCCUUCUGUGGACUUUAUAUGGCAGUUGGUGACCAACUUUAAGAUGCAUUACCACCAACUGGACUGGAGUGGGAACCUCAGUUCAUCCUUCAAUCACCCAUGUGGGUAUAUUCUCCUGAAAACUAAUGAGGAGAUUGGAGAGGUGGGACUUGCAGCGUGUCACGAGUAUAAAAUAGAACCGUCUUCUAUUUUAGCGCCUAGCUACUCAGACGCUCAUUGACACGCACAAGUUGUUUGGUUGAAAUGAUUGAAUAAUGUAUGUGUACAUUUAUUUUGCAAUAAAUGUUAGGAGAACCUUACUGACUGACGUUGCUUAAACACAAAGGUUGAGAAACUCUCUUGUUAAAGUGUGCUAACUAAAGUCACCUAUUUUAAUUGUAAUUUUACUUUGAAGAUGUUUAAAUUUAAAGUCUGGCCAGUCUAGGCAAUGGGAUUUUGAAAGAAGAUACUUGACAAAAAAAACAGAUCCCUUUUUUGCACCUAGAAUCAGCUCUCAUUGAGAGGCUUUUAUUCUGCUUUUGGGGAUUGUCAUCAUGCCUUGUAUCUGUCAUGAACGUUUGGUCAGUAUGUCCCUCUCAAUCUGUGUUCUUCUCACCUGUGUGCCAGGUGGUAGGUUGAAACCGUGAACAGAAACGCUACAUUUUCAUGAUCCUAGUACCUGUGUACUUUUUUUUUUUUAUUUUUUAAGAAUAUGCCUCUGUACAAUGUUUUGGUUGAAGGAAAUAAAAAUGAAUAUUUUCCCCUUA